CGGAACCAUAGUUGUUGUUCGGACUAAACCAAUUGAGUAGCUGUCACUACUCACUAGCUGAAGUCGGCAGCGGUGCGAGCCGUGUUGAGAAGGUUGCAGUGUUGGGUGUGUUAUAUAAAGGUAUCUGUUUGAUAAAGAAUUACAAUGCAUGGUAGGGUUAAAAUCAAGACCUCACUGGAGCAACAAGAAGUGAAACGAAAGGAGAGAGAGAAGAAACUGCAAUUAUAUCUAAGCGCCACCCAGACAGCACUGCACAAGCGUGAAGCUGGGGAGCUAGAUAAAGAAGCACUAGAUUUGACAGGACAGAUAUUAGCUUUAAACCCUGACUUUGCUUCCCUAUGGAAUUUGAGAAGAGAGAUCUUCCUGCACCUUCGGGACAACAGGUCAGAUGAAGAGAUGCGGCCAUUGUAUUCAGCGGAGCUCUCCUUUCUGGAGAGCUGUCUACGUGUGAACCCAAAGUCUUAUGGAACCUGGUAUCACCGAUGCUGGAUGAUGGAUCUCAUUCCAGAGCCUGACUGGGCACGUGAGCUGACACUCUGCAAUCGGUUUCUAGAGAUUGAUGAGCGCAACUUUCACUGCUGGGACUAUCGUAGAUUUGUUACUCGCUCUUCGGGUGUUCCUAACUCUGAGGAACUUGAAUUUACAAGCAGUCUUAUAACCAAAAAUUUCUCCAACUAUUCAUCUUGGCAUUAUCGCAGCAAACUACUUCCAGAAAUAUACCCUGAUCCACAACGCCGGGGUAGAGUAACUGAGGAAGCCCUACUCAGUGAACUGGAACUUGUACAAAACGCGUUCUUCACAGAUCCAAACGACCAGAGUGCUUGGUUUUAUCAUCGCUGGCUCCUUGGACGAGCGGAUCAGGCUCUCUCCAUUCCAUGUAUCUUGGUCAAUUUGAGGGGAGCUUGGGCAUCUGUAGCGUUCUCUCAUCCAGUAAAUGCAAAGGAAGACUUAAUACUGUUUGUCAAUGAUAAGCCCCUAUUUGUUUCUUGGAAGAAUCAUGAAGGAAAAGAAAAGCCAAGUCUAUUCUGGAAAUGUGACCUCCCGAAAGAGUCCAUAAGUGAUCUUUGUCAUGAGUAUAAAUUCCACGUUGUCUGGAAUGACGGUGAAGCUGAGAAACAAUGUAUAUUAUAUCCAGGACAUAAAGAAACAUGGUGCUGUGAUUCUGUUACAGAGAAAGAAUUAUUCAGACUGGACCUGUCAGAGGGAAAGAGCAAUAUCUUGGAUCUUGAACUCAAGUCUUGCAAGGAGCUGCAAGAGCUGGAGCCAGAUAAUAAAUGGUGCCUCUUGACCAUUAUACUCCUAAUGCGAGCUUUGGAUCCUUUGUUAUAUGAGAAGGAAUCUUUCGGUUAUUUUGACACCCUGAAGACUGUAGACCCAAUGCGUAGUGGUUACUAUGAUGACCUCCGCAGCAAGUUUCAGAUGGAAAAUGCCAUAUUAAAGAUGGAAUAUGCAGAAUCACGUCUUGUUGAUCUGUCAAAAAAGGGAUUGACAAGACUGUACCAUAUUGACCUUCUGAUGUUAGUCACACAUAUAGAUCUUUCAAAUAAUAGGCUUCAAAACCUUCCAUGUGACAUGUCCAUGAUGCAGAGUCUGGAGGUGCUGGAAGCUGAUAAUAAUGAGAUUUCAUGUUUGGAUGGAUUGUGGCAUUUACCACAGCUUGAGGAGUUAUCUCUGAAGUGUAACAAAAUAAGGAAUGUUUCUGACCUCCAACCUCUUUCUAGCUGCCUUCAUCUUGCUGUGUUACAUUUAGACGGUAAUCCCGUAUGCGAAAGGUCAGGCACCAGAGCGGAGCUGGAAGCUCUCUUGCCACACGUGCAAACCAUCCACUUGUGACCGCUAAUGUGUCAACUGUUAACAUUGUCUCUUUGUGUGACAUCAAUAAACUCUGUUAACUGCU